AUGGCUCCAAAAGUUGCAAUUAUCAUUUACACAUUAUACGGUCACGUUGCUAAAAUAGCUGAAGCUGAAAAAGCUGGUAUUGAAAAAGCUGGUGGUCAAGCUGAUAUUUAUCAAGUUCCAGAAACCCUUAGUGAUGAUAUUUUAAAAUUAAUGCAUGCCGGUGCUAAACCAGAUUAUCCAAUUGCUUCACCAGAAACUUUAACUCAAUAUGAUGCCUUUUUAUUUGGUAUUCCAACAAGAUAUGGUAAUUUCCCAGCUCAAUGGAAAGCUUUUUGGGAUUCAACUGGUGGUUUAUGGGCUAAAGGUGCCUUAUAUGGUAAAAUUGCUGGUGUUUUCGUUUCUACUGGUACUCCAGGUGGUGGUCAAGAAGUUACUGUUUUAAAUUCUUUAUCAACUUUAGCUCAUCAUGGUAUUAUUUAUGUUCCAUUAGGUUAUGGUAAAGCUUUCCCAUUAUUAACCAAUUUAGAAGAAGUUCAUGGUGGUUCUCCAUGGGGUGCUGGUACUUAUGCUGGUGGUGAUGGUUCAAGAACUGCUUCUAAAUUAGAAUUAGAAGUUGCUGAAAUUCAAGGUGCUACUUUCUGGGAAACUGUUCAAAAAUUUUAA